UUAUCGAACUUCUUCGCAUACCAACUUAGCUUAUUCUCAACUAACCACUGCAGAAACUCAUUCUUCUAACAAAGAGCCAAAGAACUCUUUAACGGCUGCCAGAUAUCGUUUCGUUUCGCUUCUCAAUUCCCUUUUAUCUUUCCUUUUUCGGCCCUUUCUUGCUAUUUUCAACUAAUUUCCGUCAUGGAUGAAACCGGUGGAAAAUUCUCUUCGCCGCCUGAUAUUCCGUCCGGUUUGAAUCGGAUUAAGACUCGCCCAGUCCCUUCCAAGGACCAGCUCAGUUCAAAAUCCGAUGACUUGACUAAGUCCAAUACUUAUGUAGCUUCUAGGCCUCCUGUGAAAGGGAAGCAGAGGCAGAAGCAGAAGCAGAAGAGCAUAUUUCAGGGACGUGCAAAAGUUAAUUCUUCCAGAGGAGAAGAACUCUAUAAAGGAAAGAAGAUAACUCGAUGGUUCUCAUCAUAUUUUUCCAAGGAUGCUGGCCAAGUUAUGAGUGAUGUUUCUACGAAUAUUGAGGAGAGUAGCUUAGAAGCUAAGACACUUGACAAAAAGGAACAAGCAGGAAGCAAAAUUUCCAAUGGGGGGAAUUAUCAAAAUGGAAAACAAUCUUCUUUGGAGAGUUUAAGCCGGAGUAAAAUGACAAAGGGAUUAAAAAGUUUUUCACAUGAAUUGGGAACAAAAGGCAGCAUUACACCUGUCUUCCCUCGGGCUCAUAGCUACAGUGAUUUGGAGGAAAUUCUUGGUUCAUUGCAUUCAAGAUUUGAUGCUGCUAAAGAAGUGGUGAAUGUAGAACUGGCUAGUUUUGCAGGGGAAGUCGUGGAUGUCCUUGAGAAAAUUGACUCUUCAUUGCAAGAAGACUUGAAAAUGGGAGAAGAUCUUCUAACUCUGGCUCAAUUAUGCAUGGAGAUGAACUGUGCUCAGUUUCGCAUCAAGUGUGAAAUAAUUGUUCAAGAUCUGACUAAGAAAAGACAACAGUGUCAAACAGGACUACUGAAGUGGCUAUUUACUCGUAUGCUUUUCAUAUUGACACGCUGCACUAGACUUUUGCAGUUUCAGAAGGACACUGAACCUAUUGAUGAGAAAUCACUUCAUAAGUUCAAAAAAUGUCUAGAAAGUGUUCCUUCUGUUGAAAUGAGUUGGGCUGCCAAUCAUGGGAUUGGUGAUUCUGAUAUUGGUUGUGCUCUAAAUCAGAAAGGUGACAUCAAACAAAAGUUGCUGGGACAGAAUAAUUUAUCUUCUCUUCCUGAGGCAAUGUGCUGUGGUUCUCAAGAGCUGGAUGAUUUGAGUGGCAUAACUUCCAGAAAGGACUCUCUGGAACAAAAGUUGCCAUCUCUAAAUUCCAACAAGGAUACCCUUUCACAACUUCAACAAUUUUCUGAAACUGAUAAAAGUUCCUUGAGGAAUUCAUUAAAUAAUUCCAGUCGUUCGCUUCAUGGUCAGGGACAAUUGUUAGAUGACUCUCUUCAUGAACAGGAGCAAAUUUUAGAUGGAUCUGAUUCAGUGAUCUGUAGGAUUUGUGAAGAAAUUGUGCCUAUUUCUCAUCUAGAAUCUCAUUCUUAUAUAUGUGCAUAUGCAGAUAAGUGUGACUUAAAUUGUCUAGAUGUAGAUGAACGCCUUUCAAACCUUGCAGAGAUAUUGGAACAGAUUGUAGAGUCACGUAAUUUGAAUGUUCAUCCAUCAUACAGCCCUGAAAAUUCAAAAGCACAAACUGUAAAUGCUGUUACAGCUGAAGUUUGCUCUCCCAAGAUAAGUGAAUGGCGAAAUAAAGGUGUUGAAGGAAUGUUUGAAGAUAUACAUGAGAUGGAUACUGCCUUUAUAGAUGAUUCUCAUCUACUCCCUGCUAACUUAAAAGGUCAUUUUGGUAUAAAGUUAUGCAAUUAUGGAGCAACCUCCUCAACUGGAAGCAUGACAUCAGUUUCCUCCACUACAACCCCCAGAGCUGGCCAUUUUGAUUCCUUCUGGUUAGAACAUAAUAAUCCUUCAGAGUCGGAGGACAUCCAACAGAUGAUUGACCUUGCAGACAUAGCCCGCUGUGUAGCUGGCACAGAUCUCUCAAAGGAAGGGUCAUAUGAAUUUUUGCUUGCUUGUAUGCAAGAUCUACAGGAUGUUUUACAGAAUAGCAAGCUCAGAGCUCUUGUAAUAGACACUUUUGGGGGUCGGAUAGAGAAACUUCUGCGGGAAAAAUAUAUACUUGCUUGUGACGUAAUGGAUACUAAAACUCCUACAAGUGAUGGAAAACUUAAGGAAAAUUCUAGACUUCUAUUCGAUAAUGCUUCUCAAAGUAGUCCAAUGUCAACUCCUGUACAUUCAUCACAUAAAGAGAGGACAAGCAUUGAUGAUUUUGAAAUCAUCAAACCAAUAAGUAGAGGUGCCUUUGGGAAAGUCUUUCUUGCACGCAAACGGAUAACAGGAGAUUUAUUUGCAAUUAAGGUUCUCAAGAAACUGGACAUGCUGUGCAAGAAUGAUGUUCAGCGCAUAUUAGCAGAGCGUAACAUCCUAAUAACAGUUCGAAACCCAUUUGUGAAAUUUGAAGCUAUGAAUUUGAAUAAUUGGAUACAAAUUGUGGUCUUUUCAUUACAGGUUCGAUUUUUUUAUUCGUUCACCUGUAGAGAUAACCUCUAUUUGGUUAUGGAAUAUCUCAAUGGAGGUGAUCUAUUUUCUUUGCUUAGAAAAGUUGGUUGCCUUGAGGAAGAUGUAGCUCGUAUAUAUAUUGCAGAACUGGUUCUUGCUUUAGAGUAUCUCCACUCUUUGGGAAUUGUGCAUCGCGAUCUGAAACCAGACAACAUACUGAUUGCACAUGAUGGGCACAUUAAGCUCACAGAUUUUGGGCUAUCAAAAAUUGGCCUUAUAAACAGCACCAUUGAACUCUCAGGACCUGAGAUGGAUGGAAAUAAAGUUUCAGGUGUUCAUAGUCCACACACCCGACAAUCAGAAGAUAGAAGUCAGCACUCAGCUGUUGGAACACCCGACUAUCUGGCACCUGAAAUUCUUCUUGGGACUGAUCAUGGUUAUGCUGCAGACUGGUGGUCUGUGGGAAUAAUUUUAUUUGAACUUAUAACUGGAAUACCACCCUUCAAUGCUGAAUCUCCUGAGAUAAUCUUUUAUAACAUUCUUAAUAGAAAAAUCCCCUGGCCUCCUAUACCUGACAGCAUGUCUUAUGAGGCCCAAGACUUCAUUAACAGGUUAAUUACUCAUGAUCCAAAUCAACGCUUAGGAGCGAAAGGAUCAACAGAGGUCAAAUCACAUCCGUUUUUCAGAGGAGUGGAUUGGGACAACCUUGCAUUGCAAAAGGCCGUCUUUGUACCUAGCCCUGACAGUGCAGAUGACACGAGCUACUUUAUAUCACGAUUUUCUCAAAUAUCUAGCGGAAUGCCUAAUGGUCGAACUAGUAGCUGUUCUGAUAUUGAGGGUUACGACUCAUCCUCAAAUUCUGGAGUUGAGAUGGAUGAAUAUGGUGACCUGGCAGAGUUUGAUUCUUCUCCACUCUCCUUGAUCAAUUUUUCUUUCAAGAAUCUGUCUCAAUUGGCGUCUAUUAAUCACGACUUGCUCUUACAAACCGGGAGGGAUUCUGCAAAGCAUUCCCCCUCUAGAGCUCCAGACACAUAGAAUCUUUCAGUAGUUAACGGAUUUAAUAGGUAAUUUGUUUACACUGAUUACGUGCUAGGAAAAUUAUAGGGAAAUAAAAGCUCAGCUUUUAUCAUGUAAAUAAAACGAUAGAAUAAUUUUCUUUGUACAGAAAACCAAUAAAGUCGAAGAAAGUCUUAUAAAAAAAAAUUAUUCCUUUUUUCA